AUGGCCCUUCUCCUUGGCUUCCUGCUGCUGCUGGGGCUUUAUGGGGACACCAUGUCAGAGGGGCCACCGCCAUCAUCCACAUACAUUCCUGAUGGUUUGGAAUUUGAAUUUCCUCCAACGAACUAUGAGACCAAAGAUUCUUAUGAAGCUGGACCCACUGGCAUCUUCUUUCAAAUUGUGCACAUCUUUCUUCACAUGGUGCAGCCGAAUGUUUUCCCUGAGGAUAUUUUAAGAAAAGUUUUACAGAAGAAGUUUGACCUAUCAACGGAUUAUGAGAAGCCAGAAAAUGUAGUCUUGAUUCUGAAGAUUAUCUACUAUGAGAUCGGGAUUAUUAUCUGUGCUGUCCUGGGAUUGCUGUUUAUUAUUCUGAUGCCUCUGGUGGGGUUUGUCUUUAGUUUGUGUCGUUGCUGUAACAAGUGUGGUGGAGAAAUGCACCAGCGACAGAAGAAAAAUGGGGCCGCCCUCAAGAACUACUUUACACUCUCCCUCUUGGUGAUUUGUAUAUUUAUAAGCAUUGGUAUCAUCUGUGGUUUUGUGGCGAGCCAACACAUAAGGACUCACAUCGAAAAGACUCGCAAAUUGUCAGAAAGUAAUUUCAACGACUUGAGAACCCUCCUGAAUGCAACUCCAGGGCAAAUUGACUAUGUACUGGACCAGUAUACCACCACAAAGGCAAGGGCAUUCUCAGAUCUGGACAAUAUUAAGUUGUUGCUGGGAGGCGGAAUUUUCGAACAGCUCAAACCUAAAGUGGUCCCUGUGCUGGAUGACAUCAAGGCCAUGGCAGAAGAAAUCCAAGAGACCAGAGAAACCCUGGUCGAAGUGAACAGUAUCUUAAUGGACAUGAGACAGUUACCUGCAAAUCUUAACAACAGCCUGAGUAACGUUAAAAGGAACCUGGAGCAAGCACUCACUGACCCCAUGUGCUCUGUGCAUCCAGUAAUGACCACUUGCAGCAACAUUAUGAACUCUCUAAGCCUUCUGGAUGGCAGCAUCGAUUUUGAUCAGCUCCCAUCUUUGGAUGAACAAAUUGGUAACCUUAAUGAUAUUCUUCAAACAAAUUUGUCCAGCCUAGUCCAAAAGGGCUAUAAAUCUUUUAAUGCUAUACCUGGGAUAGUGCAAAAUGAAACCGUGAACAUCGUAUCAGAUGUCAAAAUGACAUUGGAUUCCAUUGGUUCUGAUAUCAAAAAUAUAAGCAAAAAUAUUCCUAUUCAGGAUAAGCUGUCAAAUUUCAUUCGUUACCUUAAUGACACUGAAAAUUACAUCCACCGCCAUUUACCCACUUUGGAAGAAUAUGAUUCAUACAGGUGGCUGGGUUGCUUGGUUGUCUGCUGUUUACUGACCCUUAUAGUGAUUUUUUAUUUCCUGGGCUUGUUGUGUGGCAUGUACGGCUACGACCAGAAAGCCACCCCAACCAGACGAGGCUGCGUCUCAAACACUGGAGGCAUCUUCCUCAUGGUCGGGGUUGGAUUCAGUUUCUUGUUUUGUUGGCUAUUGAUGACCAUCGUGGUUCUGACCUUCGUUGUUGGUGGAAAUGUGGAAAAACUGGUGUGUGAACCUUACCAAAACAAAAUGUUAUUCCAGGUUUUGGACACACCAUAUUUACUAAAUGCGGAUUGGAAAUACUAUCUUUCUGGCAUGGUAUUUAACAAACCAGAUAUUCAUCUCACUUUUGAACAAGUUUACAGUGAUUGCAAAGAAAAUAAAGGCAUUUAUGCCACACUUAAGCUAGAGAACACCUACAAUAUCAGUGAACAUCUCAGCAUUAAAGAGCAUACCGGAAACAUAAAUAAUAAUUUUGAAAAUAUGAAUAUAAGAAUUGACAAUAUAGUUCUGCUGGAUGAGGCAGGAAGAAAAAACCUUAAGGAUUUCGGUUCUUCGGGAAUAGACAAAAUAGACUAUGGUGCCUUCAUGGCUGUGACUGGGAAAAAUCCCACAAAAGUGAAUCUUUUAUCAUUUGCAAAUGAUCUAGAAGUAAAAGCCAACCCUUUGCCCCCAGGAAAUUUGAAACAGACCCUGAAAAAUAAUGCAGGAAUCUUAAGAAAUAUUCAUCGUGAGGAAAUCAUUCCUUUGCAAAAAUUGAUGAGUGCUGUGCACCAAAAAUUGAAGGAGCUUCAACAGAAAAGCAGUGGAUUGGGGGUGAAAGUGACCAAUAUCAUUCUCCUUUUGGAUUCUGCUCAGGACUUCAUCACAAACCAAAUCUCCACAAUUAUUGCUGAAGAAAGUAAGAAGUAUGGGAAUACGAUAAUGAGCUACUUUGAACAUUAUCUGCAGUGGGUCAAGCUCUCUAUCACUGAGCAAAUGGCAGCCUGCAAACCAGUGGCCACCGCUCUAGAUUCGGCUAUUGAUGUCUUUCUGUGCAGCUACAUUAUUGACCCCCUGAACUUGUUUUGGUUUGGUAUAGGAAAAGCUACCGCAUUUUUACUUCCGGCUGUCAUUUUUGCUGUAAAGCUGGCUAAGUACUACCGUCGAAUGGAUUCUGAAGAUGUAUAUGACGAUGACGUUGAAACUAUACCCAUGAAAAAACUCAUGUCUCGAUUUAUUGGCCUGUCCUACAGCAAGCAGUACGAGCUUGGACUCAGUAACAACGUCACAAGCUAG